AAAAUCAUUUAAAGAAAUACAGUGAACUUGAACAGUUUUCUUUCACCUGAACAGGCUCCAUAAUAGUAAAAUAAAAUGGUCUUUAAACAGAAUCCAUCUGCAGAAUAAACACGACAUAUGUUUGUGUUUGAUUUAUAAUUAGUUUGGAAAUGAAAUGAAAAAGAGAACGGUGACUAAAAAGCUAUUUCAUCAAUUUUAUUCUUUUUAUAUUUUUUCUGUUAGUAUUCCUUGGCUACUAUUCAUUUUUAAUCUUAGUAUCAAUUCCAUUUUGCAAAACGGUUUUGAUAACACAUGUCAGAGUGGGGUGUUUGUUUUGCUAUGGUGGCUGGAUAAUGUAUAUCGUUACAUAUAUAAAAUGUUGCACGGCUAAUAUAGCACAUGAUAAAUGUUUGUCAAAUUCUGAGUCACUGCUUAAAAAAAAAUAAAGGUAGUUACUAUGAAUAUUUCAUAAACAGUAUUCAUAGCAAAAGCAUUGAUAUAAGAAUGCCGAUACAUACUUUUACCUUUUUUCAGAAAUAAAUGUUUGAGAAAUACAUAUUGUGACGCAAAAGCGAAUAUAAUCUGCAUUUUGCAGUGAAAGUUAAAGCUCGGUUUGCACUGCACGAUAAUUACAUGUAUAAAAAUAAUACACACUAGAGCACUCUGUGCGCACUAAAAAUUAUGAUUUUUGUUUACUCUGUUUUGCUUCUUUGUUGUCUCUUUUGUAGAUGGUGUCGCUUUUUUAUAUGAUGUUACUUGUGUACUGUCAAACACACACCCAGGAAAACCUUGGGUCGUCAAAAAAUCCAUUCAUCUCUGCUUUCUUGUUUUUCCUUUAAGAGAUGUGUUCGCUAUGAUUUACACUAUAAGAGAUUUACUUAUUUAACAACAAUACGUACGCAGGCUAUAGAACAAUAUAACAGUCAUUCACUGAUUCGCUCGAUCAAUGAUGGUAUUUUUGUAGCAAAGUGUAACUAAAGCUUUAAUUAAAGAGAAGUAAAAAAAUUGUGACCAGUCAAUCAAUAAAUACAGUGACACCAAAUGCAGGCGUCGCAGAAUUUACUUUACCAUCAGCCAAUGACGUUGCUCGAUGAAGGAUAUGAGAAAAAGACAAUCGAAAAAGAAAUGGCAAAGUUUGAUUUUGAACAAGUGUUUGCUGGUAAUAGAAGUAGAACGUUAAAAGUGAAAAUAUUUCGAUUUCUAGAAUCAGGCAAAUACCAGUUACAAAAUAGCUAUUAUGAAUGGAUAAUAGUCGUGCUAAUCGUGGCGAGUUUGGCACUGGGUAUUGCUGACUCAGUUAAAGAAUUUCAAAAUGGUUGGAUUCAAUCUGCUCGAAUUACAUUGGAAAUUCUCCUCCUUGUUGUCUUUUUUACUGAAUACUUACUACGUGUAUGGUCAUCUGGUGCCCAUGGAACUUACGGAGCUGCAGGAGGGUUGAAGAAAUAUCUUUUGACACCACAUAUGGUUAUUGACGCUCUUGUCAUAACAUCUUCUCUUGGUUUGGUUAUCUCAUCCAAAUUACCUCUCAGACCUGAACACGAAAGGUUGCUUUACCUACUGCAGUUGUUACGCAUUUUACGUAUAGACCGCCAGCGUGGUGCAUUCCGCGCAUUUUGGAAGGUUUUCAAAAGACAUCGAAAGGAGUUAUUGACAUGUUGGUACAUGGGUUUCCUCAUGGUUACCUUCGUCAGUUUCUUUGUGUACGCCUUAGAAGGACAAAAUUCAAAAAACGAAUACACGAUCGAUAAUCUUUUUAAUGGCGUAUACUGGGGCGUGAUCUCUUUGACAACAAUUGGCUAUGGUGAUAUAAAUCCUGAUACAACUUCAGCCAAGAUUUUAAUUUGUUGUUUUGCGAUAUUUGGUACAUGUUUUCUUGCUAUGCCAGCUGGAAUCAUUGGUUCGGGUUUCGCACUGCAAGUGGCUGAACAACAAAAAGAAAAACAUGUCAACAGAAGAAGACGCCCAGCAGCCGUCCUCAUACAGUCUUUCUGGAGAAAGUAUGCAGCUGAUAAUAAUUUCAAAGCAACGUGGUUACCUCAUAUUAAAGGAAGAGAAGAAAAGUUCCAAAGAAGACAAACCACGAAAGCUCCAAAAGCAGAUAUGUUUGGGAUGCCAUUCACACCGAUAUUUCCAAGCAUGGCGCGAUAUGGAAGUGUUAUACAAGACAGAAAAGAAGUCGAUGUAAGUGAAGAGGGCACCCCAACAACGAAUGGUAAAAACGCGCUUUGGUUUCCAAGAAAAGCGUUAACGAACGCUGAGAAAAAAGCCUUGAGGUUUAUUCGUCUGUUAAAGUGUAUUUCAUCAGCCAAAAAAUUUCGUCAAGCUCGCCGACCGUACGAUGAGCGUGAUGUGCUAGAUCAGUUUGCUUCGUCGCAGAUUGAAAUGUUCGCCAAACUUCGUGAUGUAAAAGACAAGUUUGAAGCUUGCACCGAGCAAACAGCUAUGCAAACUGCAGAAAACGGAAAGAAAGUAAAGCAUCUUGAGAAAGAGAUCAACACUUUAAACAGUAAAGUUGCCGAAACGAACGACUUGCUGCGGCUUUUACUUCGCCAGCACGGAGUAAAUUUAACAAAAGACGAAACUUUAGAAGAACCUAACAACGAUGGUACUCAUUGAACAUAUAACAUGAAGUUAUGCGUAUGUGAAGUUGGCAUUUGCAGUGCCAUGUUAUGUUGAAGUUAAAACUCAAUCCAAGUAGCACAACUUUUACUAAACUUCAUACCCAGUUCUCUUUAACUGAAGAUGUUUUCAAGAAAAAGUUCCCGCGAUCUUAAACGCGAAAAGUUGAUUAAACAUAAAUGAUAGACAGCGUUGAAACAAUGGGAAGAAGAAAAAUAGGAGAGGAUGCUUCGUUCAAUUAAAUGAGAAAAAAGACUAAGCACGAAGUUGUGAUUGUAAAGCUCAGUUUAUAAUCCUGGAUAACUAAGGCUACUUUUGCUCGAUAUGUAUCCAAUCUCCGCUAAGUGGACCAUAGCUUGUGGAGAUGUAAUGUUUUACUAGUGUUUAGAAAAUAUUGUAAAAAAUGGCAGCCUCGCUCCAGGCUGUUCGACAGCUCGUCACUACUAUGGGUAGAGCUUAAGUUACAGAGGAAAAAGUAUAAGAAAACGCGAUUGGCUAAGUUCACAUGGACACGUAAAUGGUAACACUGAUGAAAAUGAAGUUUCGAAUGCACUUCGUGUAGAUAAGUUCCGAAAAUUGUAUAUUUACAUGCGCUACUUUAAACGCACUCUAUCAACUAUGUCCUGUUGCGGUUCUAAACAGAAAAGAAUGAUUCACAAAAAAGUAUUUUUUUGAUCGAGGUUAUGCGUAUUUCAGGGUGAGAGUCCAAAGGAACAAGAUUGCCAGGAUAUAUUUCAUAAGCCCACUUUAUACGCCGUGCGGAGAUGAACUCGUGACAUAUUUAGCACGUCUCGGUUCGGCACACGUUUUUCUAAAGAAGUAGCGCAUGCUCCAUCCCGGCUCAACCUGACAUUCAGUGUAAUAAUGUGGAGCCAGGCGUUGCCAGAACAAACGUCAAAUUCUGGGGAUUUGUGCGAUGCGUCCCGGUUCGGCACAACUCGAUAUUGGUUUUAAUGUUGUGUCUUCUGAACACGGUGGAACUUACUUAAAAGGAGUCUUCUCGCUCUUGAUACGUUUCUUUGAAAACUUAAAACCAUAGACUUGUGCAGGAAGUUUGAGCAAUAGUGUUUUUCUUUGGUGAGUUGUUAUUGUGUCAUUUGUUAUUCAAAUAAAAGUGAGAAAAAUAAACAAAAAUACAAUUAAAAUUAACUUUAGUUGAAUGUAAUAGAUCUAAAUUUAAACUUUCUCGAAUUCAAUUAGAUUCAUUUUUGC